AUGGCAGGCCAGCAGGCAGGCCUGCAGCCUGGCAGGCCGGCAGGCAGGCAGGUCGGCAACCAUGUAGGUAGGCUGGAAGGCCGGCAUUCAGGCCCGCCGACAAGGAGGCAGCCAGGCACGCAAGCAGAUAUUCAGGCACGCCGACAAGCAGGCAAGCAGAGGCAGGCCGACAAGGAGGCAGGCACGCAGAGGGGCACAAGUAUGUAUCAGGUGCGUGGACGGCUGGACGUACGGGCAGACAGAUUGGCAGGCUGGGUCGAAGGCAGGCCAGCAUGCAGGCUUGCAGCCAGGCAGGCUGGGUCGAUGGCAGGCCAGCAUGCAGGCAGGAAGGUCGGAAACCAUGUAGGCAGGCAGGAAGGCCGGCAUUCAGGCCCGCCGACCAGGAGGCAGCCAGGCACGCAAGCAGAUAUUCAGGCACGCCGACAAGCAGGCAAGCAGAGGCAGGCCGACAAGGAGGCAGGCACGCAGAUGGAACACAA